ACACAUAGGAAAAAGAAAGACCACUUAAAGAAGUGAGUACUUGAGAAAUAUUGUAGUUAAUUGUGCAAGAAAUAUUUUGCAUUCGGUGACUCCUAAAGUGACGGUUUGUGCAAGUGAAAACUUAGUUCUGACAUAGUGUAAAAGUGUAAAAUUUCUUGUUUGAAAAUGGAAAAAUGGAGCCCUUCAGCAGUUACGAGCGACUAAUCUAAUGAUAUUUGAAAGGUUGUCGGUGAACCACAAUUGAGGAUAGCACCCCUUAAGAGGUAAUAUCUGCGGAGGGAUCAGAGAGACCUCUCUAGAAAGGGCGGAUUUUAUUUUACAGCUUUGAGAAAUAAAGCCAUUGGCAGUUAGCACAAAUCCGCCACUAAAUUAAGCCACUCACUCAAGAAGGCGUUUCGACAUUAAUAAGAUCACGUUUGAUUUAGUAUUUUAUAAGUGAAUGAGUUAAAAUUCAUAAUUAUGCCUGAUUCCGAUGCAACAGACGGUUUUCGGAGUAGAUUCAAAGAUUUCUUCCUAAACAAGAAAUAUACAGAUGUGACAAUACAUGUCAAAGGAGAGGAUGAGACGAUUAGUAUACAAAGCCACAAAACUUUAUUAAUUAUGUCGUCUUUGGUUUUUCAAAAUUUAUUAAUCCCUUGUCCUGGUUCAGAACUAACAAUAGAAGAGCCGCAAAUCAAAAACUUCCAAGUUCUAAUCGAAUUCAUUUAUACUCAUGACAUAGACUUUUCAAAUUUGAAAUCAAAAGAUGUCAUCACUAUCAUACAACUCGCAAUAAAAUACAAAAUACCUGAGUUGGUUAAGUAUUGCGUGGAAAGAGUGUUUAAACAAAAACAUUUAUCUGAAUUGUGCUGUAAGAAAUGCCUUGCUGAUUAUUUUAAUUUGGCACUUAAAGAGAAUAUUGAAAUCAUGAUAAAACCAUGCUUAGAGAUUAUUUCCCAGCACACAGCAAGUUUUUUUAUGGAUGAUGCCGUCUUGUCAUUGAGUCCCGAAGCAGUGAGAACUAUUGUGCAACAAGAUGAUUUAAAUAUAUCAGAAAUUGAAUUGUAUUCAUCAGUUGUGAGUUGGGUGAUUCUUACACAUUCCCGUGGUAUUUACGAGGUUCCUAUGCAUACAAGACAAUGUGAAAUACCAUUUAAUUUGCAAUUGAUGGAAAACAAGGCUUUAUGUAUUGUAAAAGUUGAACAUUCGGAUUUAGAAAUGACAGAUAAAUUGGAACUUGAUAAUCUGUACACAAAUGCUUCUCGUUUAUUAUUACGUCACAUUCAUCAUAUUGAAUUUGAAGAAACAAGAGACCAUGGAAACAUACAAAGUGAAAUGAAUAGGAAAAUGUUCAGAAAAAUUUUAGAUAAAGAAAAUAUCACACAAUGUAUUAGAUUCCUAGCUUUAGAUUCUGAUGAGUUUGAUUACAUUUGUGCAAAUAAUAACAUUUUAACCACAGAUGAAGUUUCAGAUAUCUCACUUACUCGUGAUUCAACUUGCUCACUUCAAUCAGGAUUGAGCAACAACAGAAUACCUCGCAGAGUUAAAAAUUUCAAAGUGCCCCCCACAUCCUCCAAGCUUCGUGUUCAUGCAUGCAUGAUGUUCAAGUUUUUAUCAGACCGCACAUACCAAGUUGAUUUUGAUAGAACUCCAGAAUUGUUAGAAACAUUUGUUGUCGAGUCCGAACAACCAAUACUACUAACAGCCAUAGUUUUGCCACCAAAGCUAACAUUCUCUGACAGGUAUGAAGAAGAUGUCUUUGUUAAAUUAUAUAGGAGAAAGCCAGGUGCUGAAUCUCAGUUAUUUGCAUCAACAUGCUUUAUUGGAAGACGCAGAUGUGAACCUUUGACUUUAUUGAUAAAUUAUGAUGUUGAUGGUUUGGAUGGUGAUAUCUGUUUGCAUCGUGGUAGUGAGAUUGAUAUUGAAAUAAGGAAAUUGACUAGAGGUGCUUAUAAAUGUUUUUCAAAUAGGUUGGGUCAAAAUCCUUUCAUUGUCCCUAAAGGUAAAAAGAAUGAAUUCAUAAUUGGUUUUGGGUUUUGCUUCAACAUGGGAUGAAGUGGGAAAUUAAAUAUGGGAAUAUUUAAUAUUUAGCUUAUAUGUUUUGCGUUUUUAUAUUCCGCUCUAUAUAAACCAUAUUUAAAAUUAUUGACCCUAUAUUCUGAAAUAUUAAA